GGGUCGACUUCUUCCUCCUUUCUCCAGGAUUCUCAUCUUCCUCCAGGAUAAGGCCGCACGCCAACAGUUCUUUCUCGCGGCGGAAUCUACACUGGAGUAUCUUGUGUGGAGAGAUCAACGACAAUUUGCUCCAUACGUUUUAUGAUUCGCCAUCUGUGGUGCACUCUCGCCAUUGCAAUCUAUCCCUUGCAGUCUGACGGAUACAUCCCACCCCUUGGAACAGACCGUAUACUACUAUAUCACUCCUUCGAGUAGUAUAUCUAGGGGAUUGUCGGAUUUUCUUGAUUUAUCGUGCUGUCACUGUCGCUCCUUGAAUAUUCACUAUGAUUCCCGAAAGAGGAAUUGCGAUGAUCGUCAUCGUGGCGGUCCUCGUCGGACUGGGCUUCAUCACCACCGUCCUUCGAGUCUUCGCACGAUUGAAGCGUCGGGUGGGCUUCGGGAUAGACGACUAUCUCGCCUUCGGAGCUAUGUUCUUGUUGAUUGGAAUGUUGAUCGAACUGGUUUUAUGGGUCACGGAAGGAGGCAACGGAACACACAUGAACGAACUGAGCCCGGAGACAUUGAUGAAUUAUCAAAAGAUCUUCCUCGCCAAUCAAUUCACCUACUUCCUCCUUUGCCCAAUGAUCAAGAUCUCCAUCAUCUGCUUCUACCGCCGCAUCUUCACAAUGAAGCCCUUCCGGAUGAUCACCUUGGGCCUCAACACGCUGAUCACGGUGUGGGGUGUGGCCAUUUUCCUGACAUGCGCGCUGCAGUGCCGCCCGCUCCGCGCCUACUGGGACAAUAGCGUCGACGGAUCCUGCAUCGACGGCAUGAAGUUCAUCAUCGCCAAUCAAGCUUUCAACGUGCUCAUGGACUUUGCCAUCCUGGCGCUGCCGGUACCCAUGAUCUGGGGUCUGCAGCGUGCGUGGCAGGACAAGCUGGCCCUGAACGGUGUCUUCGCCCUAGGUGGCUUCGUCUGCUUCGCCAGUAUUUACCGUAUCGUCGUGCUCUUCUGGAUGGAUCCCGCCGACGCGACCUACACCGUCUACCAGGCCACCCUCUGGACCCACAUAGAGCCCAGUAUCGGCCUCAUCUGCGCCUGUCUGCCCAUCGUCCGUGGCCUGUUCCCUAAGCUGAAGCUCGCCGGUAGUCGCCGGUACACCAAGAAUCCCUAUUACAUCAACACCGACAUCAGCACCUCCCACUUUGCUACCUCUGUGGCCAGCCCGCGGUCGCCGAUUGAGUACUACAAGAUGGAGGAGGGUCUGUCUCGCGCUGCUAGCGAUACCACCCAGGUGCCGGACAACUCAUACCUGGGUCCUCUGGAUAUUUCCGUCCGCACGGAUAUCAAAGUCGACGCCGCAUCUAUGAGAUCUCAGAACUCCCAAAGAUGAACUUGCUCUCGACGAUACGGAGAUUCCUCACAUCCAGGUCACCGAUCAUCUGCAAUGGAUAGAUAGAUCGUUGCACCAACCCCAAACCGCAUGUUCACUGGUCCAGCCGCGAGACCACCUUGUCCUGGCGAAAUCAUCACCAUGCAUCUGCACCUCAGAAACGAGACUGACGCCAGUCCAUUCGAGAGAUGUCGCCAGUCCUAUACUGACCUGCAACGAAGAAAGGCAUACCAACGACUACCACUCCAAUCCAGUCAAAGACUGCUACCUUCUUGCCUGACUGGUCUGCUAUCACACAAGACUCACAGUGGAACUCAUCGCGGCCCCUCUCCCCAUCCACACUCGGCCAGGGUUCAAGCCCUCAGCCUCCAACGACAAUACUUUCCUCUCUGGACACGUUCUUUGCUUUAUCUCAACGAUAAUACCCAAUGUGUAUGCAUGUUCACGUUGAGUCAUUACGAUCAUGAGACUCUAUUGCAUUACAUUCCCAUGUCACUAUCUACGUUCACUUAUACAUUCACUAAUACUCCCCACCCACCACUGCUCUUCAGCGAAUUCAUUUAUGACACAUGCCUGGCUUUGUUCCUAUACAUAUGAAGCGCUUUUCUUUUCUUUUCUUCUCAUCUAUUGGAUAUAUACUCUGUCGGUUAGCUAGAUCAAUCGGUUACCGGGCUAAGAAUAGAGGGUCUGCUUAGACUUUUGACCCGCAAGGGAAUGAACCUAUACAACCACAUUUUCU